AUGGCAAGCUCAUUUUAUUUGCGAUACUACGUUGGUCAUAAGGGCAAGUUUGGACAUGAAUUUCUUGAGUUCGAGUUCAGACCUGAAGGCAAGCUUAGAUAUGCUAACAACUCUAAUUAUAAAAAUGACACAAUGAUUCGGAAAGAGGCGUACGUAAGUCCUUCUGUAAUGGAAGAACUGAAGAGAAUCGUGUUGGAGAGCGAUAUUAUGUCGGAAGAUGAUGCUUCGUGGCCAGUACCUGAUAGAGUUGGCCGUCAAGAGCUUGAAAUUGUUUGUGGCGAUGAACACAUAUCUUUCACAACUUCGAAAAUUGGAUCUUUGAUUGACAUUACGAAUAGCAAGGUUUCGACAGAGAAUCAUUCCGUAUGA